UCAAAGGUCAAAUUGCGAUGCAAUUUUGUCGUCACUGCAAUUACAUUACGUGGCCUUAUGAUCCACUAGGUCUAAAGGCGUCAAUUUUCUGAAACUCCUUUGAAAAAUGAGAAGUAUAGAAUUGCAAGAAUUCAAGAUAUUGGAAUGGAGAAUAUAAGAAAUACCUAAUCCUACAAGAUCUUGUUAAGAACAACGCAGAUGUUCCUUCAAGCCUGUACUACAUGUAGUUAUCAGUGAUAAUACAUGUUAGUAGAUGAUCAGCUUUCAAGAUGAUGGGUUCUACUAGCAAUCUAGGGCGAGUCCACCAUGAAAGACUGGCCCCAUAUAUUAUUCUCCUUGUGGUCACAAAGUGUCUUCAAGCUCUAGGAAUCUUCAUCUCAUAUGAUGUACUCAAGCUGGUUCACCUUGUCAUAUUUGUAUUCAUUAUUAGAUCAGGAUCUGCAGCCGUUCUCUUUGUAUUACAAAGACCUUUAUCUACUGGUAGAAGACUCACCAAGCACCAGUGGAUUAGAGUAGUGAGACAUGCAAUCGUUCAGACUGUCAUAUCUGUGCUAUGGAUCUUUGGGUUGACAUUGUGUGGUCCGCUCAGAUCGAUUUUAUUAUUUGAGCACAAUGAUGUUGUCAUCAGUGGGUUUGUAGCUGCAUUGUUUACAAGUCGAGGAGGUGGUCCAAGUAGGACAAGAGGUGGCUUUAUGUUUCUUCUUGCAAUUCUCUCGUUGUUACUCUUUGAUGUGGAUCUUCAGCAAAAGCAGCCUGAACAUCCUGAGGGACCUCAUAAAAGUGCAGUGACACACGUCUUUUACCAGGCCAUUUCUUGGUUAGGAGUCUCGGACCAUAAGGGUGGCGUCAUCUUAUUGGUGGUUCUGCUCUUUGUCAAAGUGGCUUUCAGGAAUAUGUCUCGGAAGUUAUCAGUAGACGUUGGUGGUUCAAAAAGACUUCAUGCUCUAUCAACAAUUGUCUCAGCGCUCAUGCUGCUACCUUGGACCCUGAUUCAUUUAUUUGUUCAUCAGAACGGGCCAGAAUCCUGGAGGGCGCUGAUCCUUCCUUUUGCUGCUCUCAUCCUCGUCCUGUGUAUCUUAGAUUACUAUGUAGAAUCUGUAUCCAUCAACCACCUAGAGGUGUUCAGGACGGCUCGAUUCAGUGGAUACUCCCUCUUUCUGAGUGGACUGAUCCUAAGCUACUUCUGGAGCUCUUCCUACACUACGGGUGGUUCCAUUCUUGGACGGGUGGGUGAUUUACAGAUGGAAGAGCAUGCUCUGACCGGAGGGGUUAUCUUUAGUGCAAUAUUGUUUAUAUUUGCCACCAGGGUUCUCGGAUGCCCUCUCCCCAAGCCAGGAUCUAAAGGAAGUCUGGUAGGGUACACGGCUGGUGGUUUACCUCUCUACAACUUCACAGGGGAUACACUUCAGAGGACCUCUCAGUCCUUAUAUGCCUUAUCAAGGAGCUUCCUAAGGCAGAUCCUGGAAUCUUAUGACUCCAGGCAGAUCUUCUACUACCUGUGUAUCAAUUUGGUGUUCACAUUUGUUGAGCUGUCGUAUGGUAUGUGGACCAACAGCCUAGGUCUCAUCUCUGAUGGAUUCCAUAUGUUGUUUGAUUGUACUGCACUCGUUUUGGGUCUCUGUGCUGCAGUCAUGUCACACUGGAAAGCUACCAGGAUAUACUCUUAUGGGUAUGGCAGGGUAGAAGUUCUGUCUGGAUUUGUUAAUGGCCUCUUCUUGGUUGUGAUUGGCUGCUUUGUAUUCACGGCUGCUAUUGGACGUCUCUUGGACCCGCCUGAUAUCAACACUGAUCAACUUAUGACCGUGUCAGUAAUAGGCCUCAUCGUUAAUCUCAUCGGAAUCAUGGCAUUCAGCCAUGCUCAUUCACACAGCCAUGGGGGUGGUUCCAGUCAUGGCCACUCCCACGGAAGUGCGAGCUCCUCCCAAUCAACAAGUCACGCCCACUCCCAUGGCAGUAGCCAGUCAAGUCAUGGGCAAUCGCACGACCACCAUGGAGGAUCCGACCACCAUGCAGGACAUGAGAAGAAACCGGCCUGCCAGACUAAGAACACUAACAUGCAAGGUGUUUUUCUCCAUGUGCUGGCGGACACCAUGGGCAGUGUGGGAGUUAUCAUCUCGGCAUUCCUCGUCGAAAAGUUUGGCCUCCUCAUCGCGGACCCUAUUUGUUCCAUCUUCAUCUCUGUCAUGAUUCUCAUCAGUGUAGCCCCGUUGCUAGGGGAUACAGCAUCCAUCUUGCUACAAAGGAUACCACCAGAGCUUGAGCCAGGCUUGAAUGAAGCAUUAUUCAAGAUCCGGUCUAUAAAUGGUGUCCUGUCAUUCCGGAAACCCCAUUUUUGGAGGCAUUCAGGGGACAUAGUUGCCGGAACUCUACAUAUUCAGCUUGAACAGGGAGCAAAUGAACAAAAGAUCAUUCAACAGGUCACAGCCCUCUUCAAGGAACAAGGCAUAACCAACUUCUCCGUUCAGGUAGAGAAGGAGGCAUUCUUCCAGCACAUGUCCGGUCUGAGUGCCAACUUUGACCAGGUUCUUAAGAUGACCAGUCAGAUGGAGCAGAUUGGUAACUUGGACACCCAGCUCUAUGAUAUCAAAGCUGUUUGAAUUGUACUAGCAGCAGUGAGACUGUUAAUGAUCAUCUUUGACAUGAAGACAUGAAUGUGGUAGGUGUUCACUGCAGCUAUAGGUGGGCCUUAGUACAAAGAUUUCCAGAAUUCACUAGUAAACAGGCUAAGAUGAAGUCAGAUAGCGCAAAUUGGCAACCUGGACACUCAGUUCUAUGUUUGAAUUGUGAUAGCAACGUUGAGACCAUCGAUGACAAUCUUUGACAUGGCCAGGUUUGAACUGAGCUAGAUGGGCCCUGUACAAUGCCUAUAGGGGCUUCGAAAAACAGUAGUCAUUAAGUAAAGAUGACCGGUCAGAUGGAUCAGAUAAGCUACAAGGACAUCAAAUCUUUGUGCAUUGUGCAGGACGUGACCCGGAAGGCUUUGAUCACCUCAUUUGAGACAAGACUCUCUUUGUGGCCAGGUGCUGUAAUGUUAUAUUACACUACAUGUAUGUGUAAAACAAACUUGCCCAUCACUUGAAGACUAUUGGUCUUUUCUUAUGAAGGCUGUCUGUACUGUGCUGAAGUUUUUAAGAUGGCCAGAAGGACAAAUAAACAGGUGUGAUGCCAGGCAUUAGACAAUUCGACCAAGUUGUAUGCCAUGAAGAAUUUGCUAAACCAAUCGAUGUUCAGACAAUGGAUUUUCAAGAUAAGGUAUUAGAGAACUGUGAUUGCUGUUAUAAAUGCACAAUAUCAUUUACUUAUUUUGAUAUUGGGGUCUUUCAAGCAUAAAGUAUUAAAAAGGAAAUCAUGUGGAUGCAGAGUGUAAUGGUAUCAAGGUUUUAUAGACUUAAGACCCCAUUUAUGCUGGGCAAAUGAAUGUCCUGUCUGCCCAUAUAUUGUGCAAACUCUCAUCCAUGAAAGUGUUGGAAUCUUGGGCCAGUCACGAAAGAUCAACGUUAACAAGCCAAAUCUACUUGCCGUUCUUAUGAUUUAUGAAUUGGUCAAAUCUCUAUCAUCCUCAAUACUUUUAAUUCAGAGUUUCCUAAAGCCAUUUUACAUGCACUUUUCAGGUAAACUAUGAACAGGCAACCAGCUUUUCCUGAAACUUACCAACAUAUUUGGCAUGCAAGACAUGCCUAUAAUUAAUUUCACGUAUUGCUGCUUUGGCAACAUAAAUUUGCAACUUUGUUGUCUGAAAAUAGUCAUAUGUUCAGGUUA